UAUAUCAUCUCCCACACGCUGAUUUUGCUUUCAAGGGUUUUACUAACUUGUUCAGGUUUGGCACUGGUAGCAUAAUAUUGGUAUAAACAUUGAAGUGACAAACUGUCUCUUUGUGUCCAUGGAGAUGUUUGGAUUAGAUAGAAGGGGUGCAAUAGCUGGUAGGUGACGGUGUUAGCUUUUUUAGUUCGCAUUUCUAUUUCUCUAUCCAUACAUUAUGGACCCGUUUUCAGAAGAAAAAAAGUUAGGCAAGCUAUUUAAAGUCCCUGGCCUGUUUAAAUUGUUUAUAAUGAACAUGGAUGUUCAGGGGACUAUGAUUUCGGUUAAAUUUCAUAACUUUUGUUUUUGAUGUGCCUAUUCUUAUGUCAAAUUUCUCACAGCUGUUGUUCAGUUCGGUAUUCGGUAGUGUUAUUUUGGGGGCUUUGUUGGUUAGGAUGAAUAAGAAAUUGGUCGCCGGCAAGCAGAAUUUAAGUUCAUUUACACUUUCGGGUUUUGUGUCAAUUGCAUUAUUGUUCUCAUGCAUAUUAUAAAAAGGGCAGAAGAUAAAAUGCAUCCCUGACGUACUCCAGAUCUUACUUUGAAAUAGUUUAUGUUGCCUCCCUUUGUUCUUCCUGAGCUUCUACUGUUGGUAGAACUCUAAUAUUUUCUUACAAGUUGUCUUUUGACGUCAUACAUUUCAAGUGUCUUCCACAGUUUGAUACGGUUUAAGCUGCCGAAAGCCUUUUCCUGAUGAUGUUGGAUUCCUUGUUGUGCUCGAUGGUUUUCUUGCAUAGCUGUGUAAUAUGAAUACAGGCUUCGUGCAUCGUGCAUCUUCUUUUCUUUCGGAAUCCGAAUUGAGCUUCGCUCAGGUUUUUUUUUUUCUCUGCAAUUACAGAAAACCAAUACAUGUACAUACUACUUGACUGUCGAUGAAAUAUUAUUAUGCUUCAAGGUAUGUCAGAAGAUGUUCUAGAAGACACAAGUAAUUGCUGAGAAGACUGCAAGAACCGCAUCUGUAAGACAACAUCAACUGGAGCUAUUGAAGCAGAAACAAAGAUUAGGAAGACGCCCAGCAACUGUCAAGGAUAGAGUGACUGUGACUCAUCUGUACACUUCCUGUCUGCUGCCCAGCAACUUCCUGCAAGCGCCGGUUCUAUUCCAAAUCAGCCUGGACCGCCUCGAGAGGUCAGUUUUGAACUACGGAGAUCCGCUUGCUUGAGCCGUCUGGACCGUCCAAAAUGAACUACCGAGGUCCACCUGGACCGCCUGAAGUCAGUAUGAACUACCGAGGUCCACUUGGGCCGCAUGGAGUGGUCAGCAUAGACUAUCAAGGUCCACUUAGGCCUCACGAAGAACCCAGUAUGAACUACCGAGGUCCACCUGGACCGCCUGGAGUGGUCAGUCUGAACUACCGAGGUCCACUUGGACUGUCUGAAGUCAGUAUAAUGAACUACCGAGAUCCACUUGGACCGCCUGGAAUGCUCAGUUUGAACUAUCGAGGUCCAUCUGGAACGCCCGAAGAACCCAGUAUGAACUACCGAGGACCACCUGGAGUGGUCAACAUGGACUAUCAAGAUCCACGUAGGCCUCUUGAAGAACCCAGUUUGAACUACCGAGGUUCACCUGGGCCGCCCGAAGUCGAUAUGAACUACCGAGGUCCACCUGGACCGCCUGAGGUCGGUAUGAACUACCGAGGUCCACCUGGACCGCCUGAGGUCGGUAUGAACUACCGAGGUCCACCUGGACCGCCUGAGGUCGGUAUGAACUACCGAGGUCCACCUGGACCGCCUGAGGUCGGUAUGAACUACCGAGGUCCACCUGGACCGCCUGAGGUCGGUAUGAACUACCGAGGUCCACCUGGACCGCCUGAGGUCGGUAUGAACUACCAAGGUCCACAUGGAGCGCCCGAAGAACACAGGAUGAACUACCGAGGUCCACCUGGACCGUCUGAAGUCAGUAUGAACUACCGAGGUCCUCUUGGGCCGCAUGGAGGGAUCAGCAUGGACUAUCAAGGUCCACUUUGGCCUCACGAAGAGCCCAGUGUGAACUACCGAGGUCCACCUGGACCGCCUGAGGUCGGUAUGAACUACCGAGGUCCACCUGGACCGCCUGAGGUCGGUAUGAACUACCGAGGUCCACCUGGACCGCCUGAGGUCGGUAUGAACUACCGAGGUCCACCUGGACCGCCUGAGGUCGGUAUGAACUACCGAGGUCCACCUGGACCGCCUGAGGUCGGUAUGAACUACCGAGGUCCACCUGGACCGCCUGAGGUCGGUAUGAACUACCAAGGUCCACAUGGAGCGCCCGAAGAACACAGUAUGAACUACCGAGGUCCACCUGGACCGUCUGAAGUCAGUAUGAACUACCGAGGUCCUCUUGGGCCGCAUGGAGGGAUCAGCAUGGACUACCGAGGUCCUCUUGGGCCUCACGAAGAACCCUGUAUGAACUACCGAGGUCCACCUGGACCGCCUGAAAUGGUCAGUAACAUGCCCGAUAUCCUGGGACCUGACGCCAUCUCCAUGGAUCGCUCAGCCCGACAAGGCACCGCGCCCCCUGAUAUUUUCGCUGAACUGCUAACAGACCCCAGGCCUUAUCCCCGUUGUCCAGGAAAAGAAGUUCCCGUCUGCUUCAGCGACUGUUCAGACUGUGAACACGAAUGCUCCUAUAGAUGCGUUUGUAACGCGUGUCUCAAAGCCCGAAUAAAAAAACUCUCGGUGUGA